GUGUGUCAUCAAUCCUUUCACAAUGCCAAAUCCCAAAAAUAUAACACUCCUCCUCCUAUUUAUUAUAAACCUUUUUGCCUUUCAUCCAAUUUCUGCUUCCCAUUUCAACACUACAAACACCCAUUCAUUAUUGCUUGCAAAGAAUUUGCGAGAAGCAAAUGAAUUGGAAGUGGCUUCUUUGUUGACAUGGAAGUCCAGCCUUGACCUCACAAGUCAAAAACUAUUGUCAUCAUGGGUUGUUGGUGGCAGCCACUGCAAUUGGACUGGAAUUAACUGCAACGUUGAUGGAAGCAUUACAUCCUUGAACCUUACUGGCUAUGGUUUACGAGAAGAGAAAUACAGUGGAGGAGGAAAGAGAUUUUACUAAAGAUUUGUUCACAAUAUGGAGCUUUGAUGGAAAGAUGACAUAUGAAAGCAUAAUUGAAGCAACAGGGAACUUCGACUCUAGUUAUUGCAUUGGUGUAGGAGGGCAUGGAAGUGUGUUUAGGGCUGAGCUUCCUAGUGGUCAGAUAUUUGCUGUGAAGAAGUUUCAUACAUUAGGCAUGCAAGAUGAUGAAAGCUGGCAUGAUCUCAGAAGUUUUUCAAAUGAGAUAAGCACAUUAACAAAUUUGAGGCAUCGAAAUAUUGUGAAGCUCUAUGGCUUUUGUGCUCACAAUAGACAUUCAUUCUUGAUUUAUGAGUAUUUACAAGGAGGAAGCCUAGCACAAGUUUUGAGUGAUGAUGAGAAAGCGUUGCUAUUGGGAUGGUUGGAAAGGAUUAAUGUGGUCAAAGUUGUGGCUAAAGCUUUAUCAUACAUGCACCAUGAUUGUUUACCUCCUAUUGUUCAUCGGGACAUAUCAAGCAAGAAUGUUCUGUUCGAUUCUGAGCAUGAAGCUCAUGUAUCCGAUUUCGGGACAGCAAGAUUUUUGAGCAUUGAUUCAUCAAAUUGGACUUCAAUUGCUGGAACCAUGGGAUAUACAGCUCCAGAGUUUGCUUACACUGCAGAGGUAAACUGCAAAUGUGAUGUGUAUAGCUUUGGAGUGGUAACACUUGAAGUGAUUAUGGGGAAGCAUCCUGGAGACCUCAUUACAUGCCUUUCUACAUCCUCAUUUUCAGCAAUUGAUGGCAUGAUUUUUAAGGAUCUGUUAGAUCCUCGACUACCUUCUCCAAAAAGAAAUGUCACACAACAACUCGUGUUGGUUGCAAAGAUAGCAGUAUCUUGUAUGAAUUCCAAUCCACAAUAUCGACCAACUAUGCAACAAGUUUCUAUGUUGCUAUCCAAGGAAAGGGAUUUUCCCAAUUUUUCCCCUGAUAUCACCUUAAGUCAGUUGUUUGGUCUUGAAUUUCCAAAUCCAUAAAUUUUUACACUAUUCAAGUUCGGAACAAUGUAUUUGUGGUUUUAACAUGAGGAUGCAUAAGGAAGUAGGCAAUCUUGGAACCAGUACGUAGAUCGAUCAGAAACAAAUAGUAACAAACUGCCAGUCAAACAAGAUUGACAAUGGAUAUCUCUAAGAUGGAUGCAGGAGAUGCAUCAUUCACUGCACUGCUGUUUUCAAGUUUCUCUGUCGCUUCUAUAUCCAAGGAAAGAGAUCAAAAUAAUGCAGGCAGUUGAAUUGCUUCAUCUGAAAUUUCCUACUAUACUCCAUGAAUUUUACACCAUUGAAAGUGAUGAAUUAGUCAAAGUUUAUAUAAAUCAUGGGAAAAAAAAUCUGCCUGCAAAUCCGUAUAUGGAUCAGUAGGGAUCGCAAAUUAAUGCGAGAAGAUAUAUUGUUUCUCUGGUUGCUUCUGUGUCUUUCAAGCUUCAACAUGUUAAUUAGCACAGAUCCUCUUGACACACCUGAUAUGUCGAGCUCAAGGAAGAUACCACCAUGUGUGACCCUUCCCUCCUUCAUAGGGACUGAUAUGAGCAGUGCUAACUACUCCUUCGACUCCUACUCCACUCUGGCAGGCGUGCAUCUUGGGUUAGCCAUGUCCAAACUAUGGGUCUACUGAUUAUAAUCCUUCUCUGGCUGCUACUCUUGGUCCAAACCUGAAUCUUGCAGCUGUUGGGUUAGCUCCAGGGUCUUCUGGUGGACUUGAGGGUCCUGACUGCGUCUUUGUGGGAGGUCUUCCCUAUUAUUUCACUGAAAAUCAGAUUCGGGAGCUGCUUGAGUCUUUUGGGCCACUUAGAGGGUUUAAUCUUGUUAAAGAUGGGGAAACCGGAAAUUCAAAAGGCUAUGCCUUCUGUGUUUAUCAGGAUGUUUCAGUUACUGAUAUUGCUUGUGCAGCUCUUAAUGGGAUUAAGAUGGGUGAUAAAACUCUUACUGUUAGACGUGCUAGCCAGGGUGCAUUACAACAGCAAAUAGCAUUUCAGAGGCUCAUGUUUCAACCUGGUGGAUUACCCACAUCGUUAUUGCAUUGGUGUAGGAGGGCAUGGAAGCGUGUUUAGGACUUGAGUUACCUAGUGGUCAGAUUGUUGCCGUAAAGAAGUUUCAUAUGUUAGGCCUACAAGAUGAUGAAAGCUGGCAUGAUCUCAGAAGUUUUUCAAAUGAGAUAAGCACAUUAACAAAUUUGAGGCAUCGAAAUAUUGUGAAACUCUAUGGCUUUUGUGCUCACAAUAGACAUUCAUUCUUGACUUAUGAGUAUUUACAAGGGGGGAGUCUAGCACAAAUUUUGAGUGAUGAUGAGAAAGCACUCCAGUUGGGAUGGUUGGAAAGGAUAAAUGUGGUCAAAGCUCUGGCUAAAGCUUUAUCGUACAUGCACCAUGAUUGUUUACCUCCUGUUAUUCAUCGAGACAUAUCAAGCAACAAUAUUCUGUUCGAUUCUGAGCAUGAAGUUCAUGUAUCAAAUUUUGGGACAGUAAGAUUUUUGAGCCCUGAUUCAUGAAAUUGGACUUCAAUUGCUGGAACCAUGGGAUACACAGCUCCAGAGUUAGCUUACACUGCGGAGGUAAACUGCAAAUGUGAUGUAUAUAGCUUCGGAGUAGUAACACUAGAAGUGAUUAUGGGGAAACAUCCUAGUGACCUUGUUACAUGCAUUUCUUCAUCCUCUCUCUCAGCAACCAAUGGAAUUCUUUUGAAGUAUAUGUUGGACCGUCAACUCUCCACUCCACAAAGACACGAAGCAAAACAACUUGUGUUGGUUGCAGAGAUAGCAGUCUCUUGUAUGAAUUCCAAUCCUCAAUGUCGCCCAACUAUGCAACAAGUUUCUGUGAUGUUAUCCAAGGAAAGAGAUUUCCCGAAUUUUUUUCCUGAGAUCACUUUAAGCGAGUUGUUUGGUCUUGAAUUUCGGAAUUCAUAAAUUUUUACAUAUUCAAGGUUGAGAGCUCAAAGAUUGGCUGAUAUGGCACAAGAAAUUGUGAAAAUAAAUAGUCCUUUACGGUAGUGGCAAGUGGUCAGUAAGUACUCUUCUAAUGAAUUGUUAGGGCAAUUGGGCAAAUGAUGAUUUGUAUUUGGUGGAAAACAAAAACUACUGUGUUCGGGAUCAGGUUUUGGAUUGAAGUCUUCAUUUCUACUCUUCUUAAAUUUACCAACACACACACGCAUUUAAAGAUUCGUGUACUGCUAUCUUAACUUGUUGGUUUGUAUUGAAGGUAUAAGAUGGAGUCGUGCUAGCUUCCAGAUAAAGCUUUUCUUUACUCGACAGUGAUUGAAGAUGCUGACUAUGAAGGACAAGAAUGAAUUUUGGAACAAGGAAGUAGGCAAUGUGCAGUGGAACCUCUUGUUGUGAACAAAUUGUUAUGAAAUGCAAUGAAUCAAGACAGUGUACAGCUAACUGUAAGAUGGGUGGUGCAAGAGAUGCAUCCUUCACUGCUCCUUUGAAGCUUGUUGCGGAUACAUCCAUGCCUGCCUGCCUGCCUGUUACCACAUUGGAAACAAACGGCUCUCUACUUGGAAGACGUUCUAACCAUUUGCCGAGGGGAGGCCAUAGUAGGGGGCAUCACUGUUUCACAUAGCAACAAGAAUCAUCCUCACUUGGAUUUAAUUACUGCUAAACUACAUACUAGUUAAAUGGCGGUUGUCAUUGCAUUGUGUCCACAACUCAAUAUUACAGAAUGUGGUGACAGUAUGUGAUGCGAUGGCUUGAUAUUAAGACAAGUUGAUUGGUUGAUAGAUCUUAAGGAUUACAUGGUAUUUUUUUUUUUUUUGAAAACACAUGGUAUAUAUUUGUUGGUGCAACAACAAUUCUUUUCCUCUCUAUACAAUGUUGAACGAACAACUGUCUCUGGUCUCUUAACAAUGAUCAAGGAUUACAUGA